GGGAGAGUGAGAGAGAGGGAGGAGUCGGUCUUGUAGGGUAAAAGGAUAGCAAGGAGCACAGUGAGUGAGAGCUACUGCUGGGUCUGUUGUUUGCCGGAGCUUGUCCUUCUCCUCCACACUGGCACACAGCAGAGUCCUCGCCUCCGCAGACUCCGCUACCUCGUUACCUCAGCUACCUCCUUACCUCAGUCCGCCAGCUAGCUCACCCUGCGCCUCCACUGCUGUCACGGCAACCGGGAGAGACACGGGCCACAGGGUGAACCAGACGCCGCGAGGGGCUUAUCCAUCCUCCGAGCACGAGAGGAAACGAUCGCACAGCGUGGCGGCCACGGACGGGGGCUGACGGCGCUGUGAUUCAGGCUCCCGCUCUACAACCUUACCCGGAACACACCCGACCCCCCCCAACCUACCCACCUCCCCUCUCGUUCCUCCCUAUGCCCUUGUCCUCAGUGGCUUCUCUAACCUCCCUGGCCAGUAUAUGGAUAGAAGCUCCCUGUUUCAGCUCAUACAAGAGCAGCUGGACCCAGACAACACCGGUUUCAUAGCAGUGGAGAACUUCACCAGCCUGGUGGAGCAUCAUGAGCUGCAACUGGAACCAUCCAAGCUGGACAUGCUGUUCGCCCUGGUCCACAGCAACGAGGAUGGGCAGGUGUGCUAUCAGGAGCUUAUCGAGCUGAUGAGCAGCAAGCGCUCCAGCAGUUUCCGACGGGCCAUCGCCAACGGCCGCCGCACGCUGCAACGAGAGAUCCUAUUGGACGAGACGGGCCUGGGCGUGUACAAGCGCUUUGUGCGCUACGUGGCCUAUGAGAUCCUGCCGUGUGAGACGGACCGACGCUGGUACUUCCACCAGAACCGCCUGUGCCCACCGCCCAUCUUCAUGGCCAUCAUCACCAUCAUCCAGAUCAUCGUGUUCAUGUGCUACGGGAUAAUGCUGAACAAGUGGGUCCUGCAGACCUACCAGCCAGACUUCAUGAAGAGCCCCCUGGUGUACCACCCUGGCCACCGUGCCCAGGUCUGGCGCUUCUUCAGCUACAUGUUCAUGCACGUGGGGCUGGAGCAGCUGGGCUUCAACGCUCUGCUCCAGCUGAUGAUCGGUGUUCCCCUGGAGAUGGUUCAUGGCAUCCUGAGGAUCAGCCUGCUCUACAUGGCCGGGGUGCUGGCCGGUUCCCUGACGGUGUCCAUUACAGACAUGCGUGCUCCAGUGGUGGGGGGCUCCGGGGGGGUCUACGCUCUGUGCUCAGCGCAUCUGGCCAACGUUGUCAUGAACUGGGCAGGGAUGCGGUGUCCAUACAAGCUCCUGCGAAUGAUUCUAGCGUUGGUGUGCAUGAGUUCGGAGGUGGGCCGGGCCGUGUGGCUGCGUUUCUCUCCGCCCCUGCCCUCCUCGGGGCCCCAACCCAGCUUCAUGGCUCACCUGUCGGGGGCGGUGGUGGGCAUCAGCAUGGGUCUGCUCAUCCUGCGCAGCUACGAGGAGAGUCUGCAGAAGCAGUGCUCCUGGUGGGUCAUCGUCUUCUCCUUCAUCACCUUCCUCCUCUUCGCCAUCUUCUGGAACAUCUUCGCCUACGAGCUGCUGGGGGUACAGAUCCCGCCCCCUCCCUGAAGAAGGCCGUCCCACUUCAUCCACGUUGCUCCGCCCCCUUGUCAUUCCGGUUUCCACUGAGCAUUGAGAGCCCGAUGCCCCCUUUUAUCACUCAACCACUCUCACCCGCCACCGCCUGCUCACACACGAAACAUUCACAACACGGUAAAUCAUUGAAAUUCUACUUGUACAGAACAAGAAUCCCCCCAUUCAAAAAAAGGAUGAUCAAAAAGUUCCAAGUAAGACGCCUGUCAUUAGAAAAGGGAUUACCGUAGCAACAAGUCCAGGUGAAGGCUCCUCCCUGAGUUGCCGUGUAAAAAGUCUCACCACAUUUAAAUGUUGUAAACAUCAUCGAGCUUCAUAAACCUCGAGGUCAAACCCGUAAGAGAGACUUUCCCCAUCAUGCUCUCUGAUAUGUGCAGAAUCAGUUUGCCAUCCCCGAGGGAUCUGUAGUGUUUAUGGUUUUCAGUUACCUGGAGAGUUCUACUUCUGCCAGUCUUCAUAUACCACAACACUAUAUCUAACCUGCACUGUGGGUAAGAAAAGGUAUUAUAUAUUAGAAGCAGAGAAGAAGUUGGGAAAUAUGUGAAUGGAAAUGACAGAGAUGUAGGGGCAAAAAAAAGAAAAGGGAUUUUUUUUAUUUUUAUGUAUUGCCCCUUACCAUCACCACAGAUGCCAGCAAGUGAGAUGCUAGUCAUUAGCCAGUAGCCUGCUAGUCAUUAGCCAGUAGCCUGCUAGUCAUAAGCUACUAACUUGCAAGUCACUAACCUGCUAGCCACACACCUGCUGUCAUUUAGCUUCUAACCUGCUAUGUGCUAGCUGCUAGUCACUAGCCACAACUAGCCCACGAUCCAUUAACUACUAACCUGCUGACCACUAGCCUGCUAAUGCACCAUGCUAGCACAUCUUUUACCUCAUUGUCAUCAACAACGGAUACUGCUGAGCUGAGUUUUGUCAACACUCUAAACACAACUUGUAAGUAGCUGCUUCAGUUACGCCAUUUUUAAGAACCACUGCCGACUUGUGUAAGUCAGGGCAGGAAAAAAACGAAGAGACAUAUACAUGGGACGCUAUUCUCAAUCCAACAGGCCCAGCUAACCGGGGAUGGCAAGGACUUGUCAGCAUCUUCCUUCGACCUUUGACCUCCGACCUUUGUGUCCUAGUAGACAUUGGGGUCUGGCAAAAAGACCAGUCUAUACCUCAGUGUCUCAAUCUUAGGGACUGUAUACUUUUGUAAAGGAAUGUACCUAUACAAAUGAGUGUUAACCUUUCUGAGGGGGUUUCUUGAUAGUGGAUGUGUAUAUGUUCAUAAUUAAGAAAAUAUUUAUUUUUUAUUGUUUUUCCUUAUAAAAGAAAAUGUUUCAAAUGGUGCAGGCUUAAUGCGAUGAUUGUUCUUCUGAUUAGUUACAACAGUAUGGCUUUCAUCCUCAGAACGUAAUCUCUGUGCAGAAAUCCCUGGUUAUUACGAUAACACACAAAUGACCGAAGUUUGCUUGACUUUAUAAAUCUUAGUGCUUUACAGUAAAAGCCAUAGAAGAACCAACUCAACGGCUGAGGUGAAAAUGGUCUUCUGUGGAAAAAAUCAGCGGAUUGCUAGUAUGCAUCAGUGAACGUUUGUCCUUCAAUAAGGGUAUAUGGUCUGAAACGAGACUGAUGAUACAGGAUAAAAAAGCCAAAUUAUUGUUUCUGCAAGUACACGCCUGCUAAACUCUAGUCUGUCUCUCAGAAGGCAAGUUAUAGUGUUUUUUUCAUGUAGUUAGAAACAUCUUUAUAACUGGGCUGCUAGAUAUUUAGCCACAGCUUCACGACACAGUUGCAGAUUCCAUGUCCUUCCCUGUCUUUUGGUAAUGACAAAUACUUACGAGUGACUUGUCACAAAUGAUCUCAUAGACUAAAUUAAGGACCUUUUGACUACAUUUGAAAUUCCAUAACUGAUACUAAAUCUUCUUUUUUCUUUAAAGUUCCAAUUAGUAAAUUAAUCUUUGUGGUUUCUGACUGCUUUGGAAAAGUUAUCUAAAUGUCAAUAUUUACAUUUGGUCGAAAACAUUAUCCUUUUCACAAAAACAAAAGCCAUCCAGUGAAAAAACGAAUUUGAGAACUUCGUUUAUUGAAUUAAGUUAGCCUCAUGCCUGGGGGAAUUAAUUCCGUGGCAUGAUGAUAAAAAUGUGUUGGGGUCGAUAAAGGGCUAGCAGCGAACAACUGCUAUGUUUUUAUAAAAUCCCAAAUUAAGGAACUCCAAUAUAGAACCCCUUUCCAGAUAUUAAUUCGGAAUGACUUGGGGGGUUGAUAGAAAACAACAGUGAAUAAGCACCACUCUCCUGUCAUCCCAGUAAAGAUACAACACACUGGUCUAAUGACGGAGCAAAGUGUGCCGGCGACCUUUGUUAUCCUCAUAAUAACGCGGGCUCAAGUCACAGAAUUCAUGAAAAUGUUUGUCUUUCCCCCUCUGUCUCACAACACUGCCUGUGUAUGUGGAAGAAUCACGGGAAAUGAGAAGCGCGUGUAUCUUAAUGAACCAGAUGCAGAGUCUGCUGGAGUGGUUUAUGAGUUUAUUAAUCUUUAAGCCAAAUUACCUGGCUUUGAGUUGGAUCAAGAGACUUUGCCGCCUUAUUUCUUAAACUCUCCCACUCCUCGCAUAGUAGCAGUGGAUCUAGGAUGUGUGUAUAUAUAUAUAUACACACACACAUACACAACAACACAUAUAUAUAUAAAAUGUGAUGGAGGAGCAACUGCCAUCUACCAUCUGAUAAAUGUGACAGCUUUGGAUGAUGCCAGUGUGCGCCUGUGAGAAAUGGGGGGAGAGAGAGAGGGGGAAGACAGGGAAGGAGGAAUGGAGGUGGCACUACCCAUAAAACACAGCUGGAGCUGUAAAGCAGCUGCGUGUGCCUUCAUAUCUUGUCGCGUGCACAUCACAACGCCCCCAGUGUCACAAUGAUGUAUGGCUGUUACUGUGUUGUUUUACUAGGACCCUGAGCUAAGCUGUAAACAAAACGUAUUUUUUAAUAAGUAAACCUGACAGGUUGCAUGAUGCUGAUUUAAUUGCGGUGUUUGAGUGACGAAUUGGGCCGAUUGGGGAAGCCCGGUAAGGAAUAGCAUGUGUAGAAUAGGCAGCGAGCUAUACCAUCUGAUCCAUUAAAACAAUGCUGCUGACCCCCACCCCCCAUUCUUUUGAGUUGGUAUGUUCCAAUUCAAUAGCUUUACAUUUGAGGGUUUAAUUGUAACCAUAUAAUCACUUAUCAAUGUUGACCUUUUUUUUUUCUCUUCACCCUAUGGAAAUGGGACCAACAUAGCGCCCAGUCUGCCUGUA